AUGGAUGCCAGUGGAAUUAUCCCUGAUAUUAUCGAUGAAAAACCUGGUGCUGCUGCCAAGGUUGUCUAUCAUGGCGGUGUUAAUGUUGAAUUCGGCAAAGAGUUAACUCCAACACAAGUUAAGGAUCAACCUGAAGUUAGCUGGGAAGCAGAAGAUGGAGCACUCUAUACAUUGUUGAUGGUUGAUCCAGAUGCACCAUCGCGUCAAGAGCCCUCUUAUCGCGAAGCUUUGCAUUGGCUAGUUAUCAAUAUUCCUGGUAAUAAAGUCUCAAAUGGUCAAGUGGUUGCUGACUAUAUUGGAUCUGGACCACCGGAGGGCACAGGUUUACAUCGUUAUGUUUUUCUGAUAUUUAAGCAGGAACAAAGGAUUUCCGCCGAAAAACACAUACCAAAAUCAUCUCUUGAAGGUCGUUUGAAUGUCAAAACACGAGAUUAUAUUUCGAAAUAUAACUUGGGAAAUCCUGUUGCGGGAAAUUACUACGAAGCCCAAUAUGAUGAAUAUGUUCCAACUUUAAUGGCUCAAUUUAAAUAA